AUGACGGCAGACCAAGAUUCUCACACCGAGCCCAAGACCAGCUCAGACGCGCUACAAGGCCCCGAGUCGGUAGCUGCGUACGACAUCUCAGUCCCGGACUACUAUCGCGCCAAUCCAGACGUCAACGCGCUUAUUGUCGGGGCCGUGGUAUUUUGCGGCGAUGAAAUCCUGCUCAUCCAGCGGGCGGCAGGCGACUUUGCAGGCCUGAUGUGGGAGAUUCCCGGCGGGUGCUGCGAGGCGGACAAGGACCGCACUGUUCUCGCUGGAGUGGCGAGGGAGCUCCGGGAGGAGACUGGUCUUCAUCUGCGAAGCAUCAAGCGAGUGGUCGACCAGGUCGACAUUCCGCACCACCAAAAGCUGGACUUUAUGUGGCGCAAGGUCACGUUCGAGGUCGACGUCGAGGAGGGCCGGGGCCUUGCGCCAGCGGAGAGAAGAGAAGCGAUCACGGCGGCGGUUAAACUCGAACCGGACGAGCACGAGGACUGGGGGUGGGCGACCGAGGACCAGGUGAAGCAGAAGAAAUGGGCCAAGGGCAUCUUGGACUCGUUACUGCUGCAGCAUGGGUCGAUUCUGCAUGCAUUUCGUACGCGGACGGGAUGA